AUGACGGAGGCUCUCGCUGUCUCUGGAGAGGAGGUUCCCCCUGAGCAACAGCACUGUGAGCAGGAGUGGAGCCCCAGUCUGGGGCAGGAGGACCCCGAGCUCACACAGAUUAAAGAGGAACAGGAGGAAGUCAGGACCAGUCAGGAGCAAGAGCAGCUUCAAGGGCUGGAGGCUGAUAGCAUAGAGUUCAAAUUCACUCCUUCCUGUGUGAAAAGUGAAUGUGAUCAGGAGGACCCACUUUGGUCCUUGCCUCUUCCCCAAAUCCAGACUGUGGAGAACAGAGAGAGUGACUCUAAAGUAGUGGAUCUCAAACCUUUUGGCACUGUGACUCAGCUAAAGAGUCUUGCCAUUCCCUGUGACCCUCCAGAUAAUGAUAACAAUGCCUCCAGCCACAGCUCAGCCAUAAGCAGGGACCCAGUAGGACUUGACAGCAACCCACAAUUGGAUCCCAACCCACCAUUGGAUUCGAGCCCACCAUUGGAUCCCCACCUAACACUGGAGAAACUUUCUUCCAAACCCAGCACCACGUCUAGAAAAACUCAACGCUGCCAUGACUGUGGUGAAACGUUUGCUCCAAAAGCUGACCUGCUGAGGCAUGUGACUCUAAACAAGGAGAGGCCCAGCGAAUGCUGCUUCUGCAAAACCAGUAAACUGAAGGCCCAUAAACCUUGCACCUGCCCAGUUUGUGGCAAGACAUUGAAAUACAAAGGAGAUCUGUCCAGGCACAUGAGGAUUCACACAGGAGAUAAAUAUUUUAGCUGUGGUGACUGUGGGAAAAGUUUCCGUCUCAAGGGGAACCUAAUGAAGCAUAAACUGACUCACACAGGAGCAAAACCAUUUAGCUGUGGUGACUGUGGGAAGAGCUUCAAUCGAAAGGAGAACCUAACCAUGCAUAUACGUACUCACACAGGAGAGAAACCAUUUAGCUGUGGUGACUGUGGGAAAAGCUUCAGUCUCAAGGGGAACCUAAUGAAGCAUAAACUGACUCACACAGGAGCAAAACCAUUUAGCUGUGGUGACUGUGGGAAAAGCUUCACUGUCAAGGGGAACCUAACCAUGCACAAACUGACUCACACAGGGGAAAAACCAUUUAGCUGUGGUGACUGUGGGAAGAGCUUCAAUCGCAAGAAAACCCUAACCAUGCAUACGUACUCACACAGGGGAGAAAGCAUUUAGCUGUAGUGACUGUGGGAAAAGCUUCAGUCUCAAGGGGAACCUAAUGAAGCAUAAACUGACUCACACAGGAGCAAAACCAUUUAGCUGUGGUGACUGUGGAAAAGCUUCACUGUCAAGGGAACCUAACCAUGCACAAACUGACUCACACAGGGGGGAAAUCGUUUAGCUGUGGUGACUGUUGGAAGAGCUUCAAUCACAAGAAAACCCUAACCAUGCAUACGUACUCACACAGGGGAGAAAUAAUUGAGCUGUAGUGACUGUAGGAAAAGCUUCAGCGUCAAGAGGAACCUAACUGUGCACAAACGGACUCACACAGGACAGAAACCAUUUAGCUGUGGUGACUGUGAGAAAAGCUUCAGUCAGAAAGGGGACCUAGAGAGGCUCAUACUGACUCAACCAAGAAAUAAACAAUUUUGAUGUGGUGACUGCAGGAAAAGCUUUAGUGUCAAGGGGAGUCUAACCACUCAUAAACUGACAAAGGAAGGAAACAACAUGGCUGCUCAGUCUGUGGUAAAAUAUUCACUCAUACGGCUUAUCUGCUGAAGCACGUCUACAAAGAAAGAAAACAGGAUGAAAACGGAAAGAAAAAAUAAAUUAAGACAAAGGAUGUGGACAACACUCUUAGGAUAAGUAAAGAAACUCUGGAUCAUUAAUGCUAUGGGUUUCAGAUAAAUAGAUCUAUAAUGGAUGUACUUUUGUAAUACGUAUGUCAAUAAAGUUUGAUUUAACUUGAAUGAUGACUAGAAGUGUGUGGAGACUUUUCCCUGUUUUUCCAGUUUUGCAUUUUGCUUCCAGCACUAA